AUGGGUCGCUACAAAAGAGUCAUAGGAAGCAGGGAUUACAGCAAUUAUACCACAGCACAACUAGAAGAGGCACUUCGACUGAUUAGAUCGGGUGUAAUAUCACAAAGACAAUGUUCUACGAGAUUCAAAAUACCUCGAGCGACAUUGCAGAAUAAGCUGAAGGGAGUGCACAAUAGACCUGCGGAUUCCCUAGAUUUAAGAAAACUUGUGAAGUGCUAUCUAGAUCGAAAGGGUGUAGUUAUAAGCAGAUUUACAAGUAAUCUUCCUGGUAGUGAAUGGGUAAGAAUAUUUUUAAAAAGACAUCCAGCAGUGACACAAAGGUUUGUUGCAAAUAUAAAAUCCGUUCGGGCCGGCGUUUCAUCUGCCGUUGUUAAUAAAUACUUUGACCACUUAGAAGAGGAAUUAAGGGGGACUCCACCGACAAAUAUUUGGAAUUACGAUGAGUCCAACUUAGCCGAUGACCCAGGUGUAGUCUUCUUGCUGCCUAAAGCAGUUGUGCUUUUCGGUGUGGUCUUUGGGAAGCUCACUUUGGUGGUCGAGUCUGUGGUUUCGUUCUUGUCAAUCUCGUUCAAAGUAUCUUCUUCUUCAACGCUUGUAUCGUUCGCCUCUGCAGCUAAGCCAUCUUGGGCUUCCAAUCUGAACGUCAAAGGAUCCCCGACUGCAAUAGUGGUUGUUGGUCUUCCUUGGUACAGGAUCAGCAGUCGUACCUUCGAACUGAGGGUGUUCUCGGCUGGAAGGUCCUCUGAACAAACAGGUCAAAUUGAAUCGCUUGUCUCUGCCAGUCUGCACAUUAUCAGCGAACUGCACCACCGCGAUGUUGGUCAUGGUAUCGCCGUACCUUUGCGUACCACAUUCCGGGUAUCCGCCGGCACCGCUGAUGCGGAGGACGUUCACGGUACCGCCAUUGCCUCGGAAGAAGCAGCGGUCGUAGAAACCUACGACGGUGGUGGAGGCCUAGGUCGUCGUACUGGAGGGUACCUAUCGUCCGGGUAUCUGGUGGGAUACCUAGGAGGAGGGUAUCUGUCCCCUGCAAUGCCGCCACUUCCUGGUGGAUACCGAUCAGGACCUACUACAGGCGGGUACCGACCUCCUGGUCUACCUCCGGGGUACCCUUGUUCUCCAGGUCUAGCUCCUGGUGCACCAUCUCCUUCACCACCAACUAUUUAA